AUGAACUUCUUCCAGCUGAAUAGACAGCAUGUUGUUGAUUCCGUGCAUGUGACGGAUCCCAGGAGCCGCAAGAACGAGGGCCCAGUCGCAAGGAUGAACAGAAAGAUCACAUCACACAUACAUCGCAAGAUCGAGAUUCAGGCCAUUCAGGUGCAUGUGGGGAUGGGGGAGGAGGAGUGGCUUUCUUCUUCUGACGGGCUCUUGCUCAAACAGCGAUGCAACGAGCUUGGCAGCGCACUGCCACUCCCCAAGGAGACGUCUGGCAAGACUGACAAGAAGCUGAACAUGCCGGCGCUGACGCCGGGGGACAAGUGA